AUGGAAUUGCCAAACUUGGGUCAGCAUUGUUCACAUAAGGACUGUAAGCAGUUAGAUUUUUUACCACUACAGUGUAAAUGUGGGAAACUGUUUUGUUCAAUACAUUUAAACAUACAUGUUGAAGUCUGUGAGAGUUGCAUCACUUUGCAGGCAGAACCACAAAAAAUCAGUAAUGUUUACACAUGUGCCCAUGUUGGGUGCAAUGAUACCUCUCUUAUUGAAAUGCUUUGUCAAAAAUGUCAUACACAUUUUUGUGUAAAACAUCGCCACCUCACACAGUGUCAUGAGAAAAGUGCAGAAACUAUUGCCCAAGAAAAAGAAAAAAUAGCUGCCCCAAUUAGACAGUUUAAUGAAGCUAAACUUGUGGUAGAUAAGCAAGUGGAACAGAAUUUGUUGGAAGCAAAAAAAAAGGCAAAAAAGAGCAAUUUAGCUAAUAAAGUGCAACUGAUGAAAAUUAAAAAUAAAGCUAAAGGUCUCAAUACAAUACCUACUACUGAUAGAUUGUAUUUCAGUGUUAGUUAUCUUGGCCAUCAACAAGAUGUUCCGUUAUUUGUGUCAAAACUAUGGAGUGUAGGUCGUGCUAUUGAUGCCAUUGCCAAUGAAUUGAAAUUACAAAAUGACAAUAAUAAAAGCUCUUGUAAGAAAUUAAGAUUAUUUAAAAAAGAAAGUGGUGCAAUUGUCACAGUAAAUGUUGCAGAAAUCCUUGAUGAACUUAUUGCUAAGAGUGUAAUUAUAGAUGGAGAAAAUUUAGUUAUAGAAUAUGUAAAUGAUAAUUGUCAGUUUCUGUCAGGUGAUGAUUAAAUGCAUAUUAUGUUGAAACUUA